CUUGCUAUUAUAUUACUCUCUUCAGCCUUCCUUCAACGCCCUCGAGCCGCAAUGGGUGGACCAAAUCUCGAGAUCUUUAAAUUCUCCCUUUAUCUCUUCGUGCCUAUAUUUGCUCUGGUUAAAUUUGGUGACCCAGAGUGGUAUAGAACGACGGUACUUCCGUACAGGGAUCAACUAUUUCCUCCUGAAGAGAGAAUUAUACGUGAAUUACCAGCAGAUCAAAAGUCUUUACGCGAAGAGAUCGCACGCAUUAAAGCAGAAAGAAUAGCAAGGAAGGCGGCUGCAGAGGAAAAGGAAGUUGGAGCAAAGUAGGAACCACUUGUACUCUGUAAUCUACCCACCCUACUCAUGGUACCAUCUAUUAUAUAUUGUAAUCUAACUCCAAGGAGUGUCCAUCUCCUAACACUACUUUCCAACCACUUCCAGA